GUCUGUUAUAUAUGCGCUGGUGUUGAUAACAAAUUGAAGCAAAAUAUGGAGAAGAAGAAGCUUUGGGCAUGCUACGGGAUUGUAUUAAUUCUGGCCUUGGCCAAUUUGGUGGCAGAGGGAUGGGCUCAGGACACCUCUUGCCUUAACCAGCUUGCUCCUUGCUUAAACUACCUUAAUGGAACCGAAGACCCUCCGGACAGUUGCUGUGAUCCUCUGAAAUCGGUGAUCAAGUCCGAUCCAAAAUGCCUGUGUAGCUUGGUAAGCAACAAGGGCAGCAGUGAAGCUCAGCAGGCUGGCAUCGAUGCCAGUGAGGCCCAGCAGUUACCCGGAAGAUGUGGACAACAUGUCAACCCAGUCGCCUGCCUUGCAAGUUCUCCAGAUUCGCUUCCAAAUUCUGCAAGCAUAUGCUCAUUCCCAUCUCUGGCCACUAUUCUAGCUGCUGCUUUACUCUUUAUCAAUAACUUCUCAGAUUUUGUGGGCGCUAAACAGAAUACUGACUUGACCACCCGAUAAUAGUUUUGUACACGACUGUAUUGUUUGUUCGUUUUUCUCAUUACAAAGUGUA